UAUUUGUAAGUCGUUAACAUGUUCACUGAAACGGCUGCAUGAUUUGUGUAAGGAAAUAUGGCUGUCUAGAUAGAAAGCUCCUUUUUGUACAAUUUGAUAUGCCACUGACAGAGACCACAAGUCCAGACUUAUAUUAAACACUGCUCCUGAGAAUUUUAUGUUAAAAUUAAGAUUGUGGUUGAUUAAACACAUUUCUUUCAGCAUGAACCAGAGAGUGGGGUGGGGUGGGGCUUAAAAUUUUAAAUUCAGUGUGUAUGUCAACCAAAUUAAGGUGCGCUCAAAUGAUAAGUACAUUUAAAUUCCUACAUGACAUCUUUUAAAAAGAUGAGGCUUGACAUGUUUCCUUGGUUUGGAACAUUUUUCUUGUGUUCAUUCUAGGGUGGGACAUGAGGACUUCAAAUAGCAUGAGGAUUUUCAUCAAGCCCUAGAAGUUAGCACAGCUGUCAAAUCUCAGAGGAGCUGAUUCUCAGUUUACGAAGAAUAUUUAUUUGAAUGUAUUUUUAAUUUGAGAGCAUGGGAAACAUUUUUGCAAGGGGCUCCAACUGCCUUUGUUAGGAUUCCUUCCAUUUUAUUUACUUGAAAUAAUGAAAUAACAGUUUUUUUUUAAGUUCUUCUAGUUUCACACUUGGAGCUUGAUUUUUAAGUAUGCAAGCUUUUUCAGGGUAUGUAAAGUUAUAUACAAUCCUAAAGAAGUUAGUGGAAGUCAUGCUAGGGUAUCAGUGAAACUUACUCAUACGACUACUUUCCCAUGAAAUGAGAAAAUAAGUAUAUUUUGUAUGUACUGGAUUCUUUCAGUUAAAGAGUCGAAGGUACUAAAUUCCCUUUUAGUAAAACAUGCCUCACGAUUUUUAUAAUGAAAUAACAGGAUAAAGACUUUACUGUAUUACUAGCUUUUUUUGUUUUUUUGUGUUUUCCUUCCAGAAACAAAAUGUAACUAACAGCUGUAGACAGCAUGAGCAUGACUCACAGGAUGGCACUAUCUUCAUAUUAUGGUUGCCAAGUCACAUCAUAACGUUGAAUAUGGAAAGCAGUUCUCCCUAAUCUCCGACCACGAGUAUGGAUUUCUGGUCUCACAAAUCUUGGCUAUGGGAGGAAUAGCACCAUAUACUGGCUGCUGAUCUGGAGUAUAUACAACAUCCUGGAGGACAGUACUGCAGCCCUGCAAGAAAUCAUCACUCUAAUGCUUUCCUUAAAGAAGGAACAUAAAUCCUCAGAAUGGGAAGUAACAGCAACAACAGUACAAGAGCAAAGUGCACGGAUCUUCAAAUGCCAUUUCAGUACUCGCUCUAUGCAACUACCUAUGCCCUCAUAUUCAUCCCUGGUCUUCUGGCCAACAGUGUGGCCUUGUGGGUUUUAUGCCGCUUCAUCAGCAAGAAAAAUAAAGCCAUCAUUUUCAUGAUCAAUCUCUCUGUGGCUGACCUUGCUCAUGUGCUGUCCUUACCCCUCCGGAUUUACUAUUACAUCAACCAUCACUGGCCUUUCCAGAGAGCCCUUUGCCUGCUGUGCUUCUACCUGAAGUAUCUUAACAUGUAUGCCAGCAUUUGCUUCCUGACCUGCAUCAGCCUUCAGAGGUGUUUCUUUCUCCUCAAGCCAUUCAAGGCCAGAGACUGGAAACGUAGGUACGACGUGGGCAUCAGUGCUGCCAUCUGGGUCGUUGUGGGGACUGCCUGUUUGCCACUUCCCAUCCUGAGAAACGCAGACUUAGCCAACAACACUGAGUCCUGCUUUGCUGAUUUAGGGCUUCAACACAUUAGCAUGGCUUCCUCCAUUGGCAUGGUAACUGUAGCUGAAAUUGGAGGGUUUGUGUUACCUGUUGUAAUUAUCACCUGUUGCACAUGGAAAACGAGAAAAUCCUUAAAGGAAUUCCAAGUUCCCUCACAGAAUACCGAAGAGAGAAAAAAGGCUUGGCGAAUGGUCCUGAUGUGUGCAGUGGUGUUCAUUGUGUGUUUCACUCCUUACCAUCUCAAUUUCCCCUUCUUUAUGAUGGUGAAGCAACAUGUCUUUUCCAACUGCUCAUUUAUUAAGAGCACUCUAUAUUUGCACAUCAUCUUCCUGUGUCUUGCAAAUCUGAAUUGUUGUCUUGAUCCAGUUGUGUAUUAUUUCAUGACUUCAGAAUUUUGUGAUCAAUUUUCAGAACAUGGCAGCUUGGUUCUUCAGUCAUGUGUGAGGUGUAAGGACAGUAAUUUGGAAAUUCAUCAGAGGAAGGAGGAUCUUCAAACUAUCUCUCUUGAAUUUUUGGAUGAUUCCAAGACAAUUUAAUCAAAUAAUUAGCUAGAACAAUCCAUAUAAUCUAUCUGUCCAGCUAUACAUAUUAAAGAUUUUUUAAAAAAUGAGGCUGACGAGAGCCUUAAAGAAACACAUGCCCCCUCCUUUCACCCUCAGAAUGAUUCUUAUGAAAGAAAUAUUCAUGCCUCUAUUUUCUCCCCAAAAGGAAACAUAUUGCUCUAUGGAGUAUGUGAACAAAUAUCUUUCUUUACAGAAGGUGAUCGGCAAUAGAAUGAAUUGUACACCAGUUUUUCAGCAAUUAAUCUAAUCUUUUCACCUUCUCCUGAGAGCAACAAAAUGUAAUUUGAUAACAGAAGGACUUAGUGUAUUGUCAAAACAUUUGAAAUUGUACAGGUAAAAAUAUGAUUCUGGUUUAAUCUAGAAAAUAUACACUAAUUGAACAAAGUAGAUUAAAGAGUAGCUGCCUAUUGUUGUUAAUAUGAAUUAUGGGAAUUAUUAUAAUUUGGAAUACCUAUGACACUUUCUCUUUCCAUCCUUGGGGAUACAGACAAUUCACAUUAAUCCAAAAUAUCUCAAAAGUAUCAUGAGGUUCACAUAACACACCUACACAUGCGCCUUAAAGACAAAAUGUUAUGUUCUAAAACAUUUCACAACCUUGAGAAUUUCAGGGUUUGCAGUGAAGAUUCUUUGCUUGGAUCUCUCUGAGUGCAUGUGAUGUGAUAUCUGCUUUCAUAUAUUGGUACUAAUUCAGAAAAUAUUCUGUUAUAUUUGUUUAUUAAAAUCAACUAUGCCAUGUUCUCCCUGGUUUGAUUGUUUUUUAUACAAUUUGAGUCACAAUUUCACUUGAUACAUUUAGGUUAAUGAAUUAAUAAAGAAUCACAUACAUGCAUGUAGUUUUUCAGUAGCCAAACUCUUUAUGGACCUCAUUUAAUACAAGUAAAGUCAUAUAUACAGAGAACACUGGUGAACUGAAUCCUAUUAUAAAUGCAGAAUGGAAUAUUGCUAUUUUAAAAAAUCCUUUUGGUUAAAUCCUUUUGUAAUACAUAACAUUUUCUCCAAAAUUUUAUUUAGUUAUUGUUGUUGAGAAUAUACACAGCAAAACAUACAGCAAUUCAAGUUUCUACAUGUACAAUUUAGUAACAUUAAUUACAUUCUUUGAGUUGUGCACCAGUUCUCACCCUCCUCUUCUGAGUUGUUCCUCCCUCAUUAACAUAAACUCACUGCCCCUAAUCUUUCGAGUUGUUGUCAAUUUGAUGCCAUGUAGAUAGCUCUUAAAAGACCAUAAUGCUCAAGGCAGACAUUUUUUACUAGUUAAUCUAAACUAUUAUUUGGUUUUAAGAAGACUUCAGGGCAUAUUUUUGGUUUAAGGUUUAAAAAUAAUCUCAGAGUGAUAGUUUCAGGGGUUCAUCCACCUGUCAUGGCCCCAGAAAGUCUAGAGUCCAUGAGAAUUUGCAAUUAUGUUCUCUAUUUUCCCCUUUUGAAUCAGGACCCUUCUAUAAAGUCUUUGACCAGAAUGUUCAGUAAUGGUAGCUGGGCAUUAUCCAGUUCUGGUCUCAUGGCAAAGGAGGCAGUUGUUUAUGGAGACAAUUAGCCACCCAUUUCAUAUCCUCCUAUUUCUGACUCUCCUUUUUUCUCUGUUCUCCAGGUGAAUAGAAACCAGUUGUUGUGCCUUGGAUAACCGCCCUCAAGCUUUUAAGAUCUUAGGCACUAUGUUAAAACAGAAGCACUAAAAAUGUUAUUAGGCCAAUUAACGGGGGUAUACCAAGAAACCAUGACCCUAAAUCUCCAAGCCAAGGAACCAUAUCCCAUGAGGUUUUCAGUUGUUCAUAAGCAGCCUGAGCAGCUUCUCUGAGAUGCAAAUCAAACCACAAUGAAAUGCAAUUUCACUCCCACUAGGAUGGCUAAGAUUGAAAAAAAAAAAAAAGCCAGAAAAUAACAAAUGUUGGCGAGGAUUUGGGAGAAAGUGGAACCCUUACCCAUUGCUAGUGGGAAUGCAAACUGGUACAGCUGUUGUAGAAAACAUUGUGGUAGUUCCUCAAAAAACUAAAAAUAGAACUACGAUAUGAUUCAGCAGUUCCACUCCUAGGUAUAUACCCAACACUUUUGAAAGCAGAGACUCAAAAAGAGACUUGUACACUGUCUUAGGCUGGGUUCUCUAGAGAAACAUAAGCAGUGAAGUGUGUGUGUAUAUAUAUAUCUCAAGGAAACAGCUUAUGCAGUUUUAGAGGCUGGGAAGUCCCAAGUCUGUGAGUCCGGUAUCAGAUUGGAGGCUUCUCCUGACUCACGUAGCUGCAGGGGCUGACAAACCCAAGAUCAGCAGGUAAGAUGGCAGACUGCCGGCUCCAGUUCCAAGAACUGGAUUUCAGAUGAUGAUGAGCUGAGUACAGGAUCCAGAGCAGAGCAAAAGCCAGUGGCCUUUGCCAGAAAGUCUAUAUAUAUAUUGGAUACCAGCCAUACCCGCAAGGAAACUGCCUUUCAACUGAUUGGCUGCUCAUAGCAGAUAUCAUUAUGGAGGAGAUUCCAUUAUAUCAAAUUUCAUCAUAGAGGUGAUUACAUUAUUGCAUAAUUACCAAACUACAUCAGAACUGUCAAGCCUCUGGGAAUUAUGGCCCAGCCAAGUUGACACACAACCUUAACCAUCAUGUACACCUGUGUGCAUUGUAUCACUAUUCACAAUAGCCAAAGAUGAAAGCAACCUACAUGCCCAUAAACAGAUGAAUAAACAAAAUAUGGUACGUACAGUGGAAUACUACUCAGUCAGUAGGAGAAAUGAAGUCUUGAUACUUGCUACAAUUUGGAAGGAGCUUGAAGACAUUAUGCUGAGUGAAAUAAGCCAAUCACAAAAGGACAAAUAUUGUACGACCUCACUUACAUUAAAAGGCAAGAAAAGUCAAAUGUCUAUAGACCAAAGUUUAUUAGUGGUUACCUGGGGCAGGAGAGAAGGGGGAAAGGGAACUUAAUGGUGAUGGAAUAAUCAUGUUGAUUAAGGGUAGGGUUGCACAGCCGAUUAUUGUAAUUGCUGCCAGUUAGUCAUACUGUGGGGGCUUCCUUGUUGCUGUGAUGCUGGAAGCUACGCCAUCAGUAUUCAGCAACCAGAAGGGUCACCCAUAGCAGACAGGUUUCAGCUGAGCUUCCAGAUUAAAACAGACUAGGAAGAAGGAUGAGUCGGAAUUGCCUCGACGACACUGGGUCUGGGAGGAAGAAGGACCCAACAGUCUACUUCUGAAAAGAAAUAGCCAGUGAAAACCUUAUGAAUAGCAGUGGAACAUUGUCUGAUGUGGUGCAGAAAGAUGAGCCUCCCCAGGUUGGAAGACACUCAAAAAACGACUGUGGAGGGCUGCCUCCUUAAAGUAGAGUCAACCUUAAUGAUGUGGAUAGAGUCAAGCUUCUGGGCAUUCAUUUGCUGAUGUGGCGUGAGUCAAAAUGAGAAGAAACAGCUGCAUUAGUAAUCAGAACCUGGAAUGUAUGAUGUAUGAAUCUAGGAAAAUUGGAAAUCAUCAAAAAUGAAAUGGAAUGCAUAAAGAUCAAUAUCCUAGGCAUUAGUAAGCUGAAAAGGACUGGUACAGGCCAUUUAGAAUCAGACAAACAUAUGGUCUACUAGGCCUAGAAUGACAACUUGAAGAGGAAUGGCCUUGCAUUCAUUGUCAAAAAGAACAUUUAAAGAUCUAUCCUGAAGUACAACACUGUCAGUGAUAGGAUAAUAUCCAUAUGCCUACAAGGAAGACCAGUUAAUAUAACAAUUAUUCAAAUUUGUGCACCAAUCACUAAGGCCAAAGAUGAAUUGAAGAUCUUUACCAGCUUCUGCAGUCUGAAAUUGAUUGAAUAUGCAAUCAGGAUGUGUUGAUAAUUACUAGUGAUUGAAAUGCAAAAGUUGGGAACAAAGAAGAAUGGCAGUUGGAAAAUAUGGCCUAGGUGGUAGAAAUGAUGCCAGAGAUACCAUGAUAGAAUUAUUCAAGACCAACGAAUUCUUCAUUGCAAAUACCUUUUUUUACCAACAUACACAGAGCCUAUACACAUGGACGUCACCAGAUAGAAUACACAGGAAUCAAGUUGACUACAUCUGUGGAAAGAGUUGAUGGAAAAGCUCAACAUCACCUGUCAGAACAAGGCCAGAGGCCAACUGUGGAAGAGACCAUCAGUUGCUCAUAUGCAAAUUCAAGUUGAAACUGAAGGAAAUUAGAACAAGUCCACAAGAGCCAAAGUACAACCUUGAGUAUAUCCCACCUGAAUUUAGAGAUCAUCUCAAGAAUAGAUUUGACGUGUUGAACGCUAAUGACCGAAGACUAGACGAGUUGUGGAAUGACAUUAAGGACAUAAUAAUGAAGAAAGCAAGAGGUUACUAAAAAGACAGGAAUGAAAGAAAAGACCAAAAUGGAUGUCAGAGGAGACUCUGAAACUUGCUCUUGAAUGUCGAGCAGCUAAAGCAAAAGGAAGAAAUGAUGAAGUAAAAGAAUUGAACAGAAGAUUUCAAAGGGCAACUCCAGAAGACAAAGUAUUGUAAUGACAUGUGCAAAGAGCUGGAGAUAGAGGACCAAAAGGGAAGAACAUGCUCGACAACUUUCCAGCUAAAAGAACUGAAGAAAAAACUUGAGCCUCAAGUUGCAGUAGUGAAGGAUUCUAUGGGGCAAACAUUAAAAGACUCAGGAAGCAUCAAAAGAUGGAAGGAAUAUGUAGUCAUUAUACCAAAAAGAAUUGGUCGACUUUCAACCAUUUCAAGAGGUAGAAUAUGCUCAGGAACCCAUGGUACUGAAGGAAGAAAUUCAAGCUGCACUGAAAGCAUUGGAGAAAAACAAGGUUCCAGGAACUGACAGAAUAUCAAUGGAGAUGUUACAACAAAUGGAUGGAGCGCUGGGAGGGCUUACUUGUCUAUGCCAAGAAAUUUGGAAGACAGCUAGAAGAGAUCCAUAUUUAUGCCUAUUCCCAAGAAAGGUGAUCCAAAGGAAUGCGGAAAUUAUCAAACAAUAUCAUUAACAUCACACUCAAGCAAAAUUUUGCUGAACAUUAUUCAAAAGUGGCUGUAGUAGUAUAUCGACAGGAAACUGCCAGAAAUUCAGGUUGGAUUCAGAAGAGGGCAUGGAACUAGGGGAUAUCAUUGCUGAUGUCAGAUGGAGCCUGGCUGAAAGCAGAAAGAUGUUUACCUGUGUUUUAUUGACUAUGCAAAGGCAUUCGACUGUGGGGAUCAUAACAAAUUAUGGAUAAUAU